AUGCUUUCGACGCUCGGCUGGCAAACAGUACCUCUACCGUUCGGCAAAAAGGCUCAAAUCGAUGCUCACAAGCAACCCGGAAUGUCUUACGCUUCACGGCCGAAGACAGCGCAGGCGCAACCCAGGGCUGCUCAGGCCGCCAACCCUACAUACUAUUUGGUUUCAAGCUCGAGCUCUAACUCUUAUAUGCUUGAUUCUCAACGACCGUCUUCUGGAAUUGCUGGGCAAUCCUCUGUGAAAGCCCCAUCAAGUUACAUGCCGCCACCAGCGGUGCAUCAGAAAACUAGUACGACGGGUGAUCGUGGCGGCCCAAGGAAUACCUCUCCAAGUAGAUCGUACAAAAUCUACCCCGACACACCGAUGCUCGACGUCUUCGUCUACGAGCGCUCGGAGGCCGACUCUGAUACUCUCACUUGUUACUCCAACUCUUCCGUCGACACCUUGUUACAAUUUCCGAUUACCGAGCAAACCAAGCAGGUCUCACCUCCAGCAACCGCACGGCGGAACUCAACAAUGCUAAUCAAGGAUUCCAACGCUGCGACGAACCAUAGUGCCGCACCGCCUGCACCAGGUUCUCCCCACCCACCUCCAAUGUCUCUACCAAUCUCGAGUACAGCAGCGUCCCAGGUCCAUCCUCUUUCUCGGGGGAGCGAGGAGGGCCCACGUCCUCGAAGCGGGAGUGGUGAUUCUGGGUCGAGCGGUAGACGCAACAGCGUCUCCGAGCCUGAAAGGCCCGUAAUCCUUCCACAGGGCCCGUCUUCGGCGCGUUCCAGUCCGCCACGUACCAGUCCUACCGGCUCCUUCCCAGACAGGACGAACGUACCUCCUACUUUCACUUCAGGUCCUCGCGAUGUGCUUCCUGCGCGGCGCAAUUCGGACCCAAUAACGCAAGCGGAAAUGUCACGCCAGAGGCGACUCAGCGGUGCAGUUAUUCCAACUGGUUUUGGUGUCCUUCCAGGAGAACGACUUUCUCCUCCGAACCGCCGCGACUCGAUGUCUAUAGUACCAGCGGGACUUGGUACUACGGAUCGUCACCCACCUCUCCCUUUGCGUGGUGCGCCUUCUCCAGACGGCAAACGAGAUCGGGCGUCUCCAGACAGGGAAGUCAGCCCAACUUCCGCGUUUGCACGUGAACGAAGAGUCAAUGGCGGAGGCAUUGACGUCUUUCCGCCACCACCGCCUGGGAGUUUCUAUGACCGGGAUCGACCACCGCUGCGCCGUGGCUCCCAGUCAUCAAACUCAACAUCAUCCCGCGAGCGCCAUUCACCGCAGGACGAAGCACCUCGCGGUGUUGCUUUCACUUCUGGACCGGUUCUGCCGAUUCGCAGUCGUACUCUGUCACAGGGACGCCUCGGCAAGGAUGAGGUCCCGAGGCCAAUCAUUGUCGCAGGCUUGGAGCAAUCCAAGGUAGUGCGUUUCUCCGAGACACUCAUCUGCCCAUCCCCUAUUCCGCAUGAAAAACGCCGCAAAGGCUGGUUUAAUAAACGCGGAGAUCAAUUAUGGACAAACGACGGAGUCUUCGUUGCUCCAGAUCCGGGUACCGAGUACCCUAUUGACCUCGCUGACUAUCCUGAAGUUGGCGUAGGUUGGCAGAACGAAGAAGGUAUCCGUAUCGACAUGGAACACCGUCUUAUUCCGAAGGUUCCGCUACGUCCUGCGCUCAAACGCGGGGGCUCUUCCGCGAGUUCCCAGCCGCAUCUGCAGCAGCAGGCAGGUCCCCCACGCCCCGAGUUCCGCUCCGCAUUUUCAACCACCAUUCGUGAGGAAGCCUAA